AAUAUCGUUUCCAUAGACAACCAACAAACUAAAUGUUAUUAGGAAGAUCGCUUGUUUUUAUUUAGCUAUUAUAACAGAAAAAAGUUUUAUCCAUUAAAAAAUAUGUCCCACAGUUAUUAUCAAAAACAAUGGGUUGAAGCCGAGUCGGCAUUAAUUGACUUACUUCACCAAGAACUUCCUCCAGAACCUCCAAAACCUGAAAAAGACAGAACAGCAGCAUUUCAGUUACUUGCAACUCUCUUUGUAAAAUACAUUCAGAUAUUCCGAAAAUUAGAGGGAUGUUACGAUCAAAUUGUUCAUCCUCAAAAAAGAAGAGUAUUGAGGCAUGUACUAGAUGGAACUAUGGGAAGAAUACUAGAAAUCAAAAGUGAAAUGGUGAAUUUGGAAUUCUCAGAAUACCAUUUUUUUGAUGAUGUCCUCUCCGAUUUGAAAUUAACCCCGAAUGAUGUGGAAAUGCCUCUGCCUAAAUAUUUUGUACACGAACGCAAUAAAAUAUUACAAGAGAGGGAAAAGCUAUUAGGUCAAAUAUUAGCAAAAUUAGGUCCUCAAGAUAAAGAUGCAGAUAAAGAUGAUAUUAAAAUGUCUAUGGAGGAGGCCAUACGUUAUAUUCAAGUUCACGAAAGGGCAAGACAGGGAAGAUUGCGUGCAAAGUUUAUGAGAGAAAUUCGUGAGCAAGAGAAGAAGGAUGGAGAAAGAGAUAAAGGCGCUCCUACACUAGAUCCCGAUGUUGCCGCAAUCCGAAUUCAGAAACUAUGGAAAGGCUUCUCACAAAGAAGAAAAACUAAAAGAGAUAGGGAAGAGGAGUUGAUGUUUAUCGGCAUGACACCUCCUCCACUUAUUCCGAAAGAAAAAGCUCCUCAAACUCUGGCUUCUAAGACAGAGAACAAUAGGAGAGUGACUCAAGACCUUCAUGAACAAGAAUAUCAAAAUGCUUUGGUAACCGUUAAGGAUAAACUAAGAGAAACUGAAGGACCGGAUAUGAAAGAAUUUAUGCAGAAUCAAGUGCGGGAGUGGUUUAUUGAGUGUAGGGAUGCUACUGGAAAAUUCCCCGACUAUCCUGAUGAUGAAGAAGGCGGUUCAGCGGCUAUCUUUAAGGAAAAAGAUCCUGUCGAAUUGGAAAAAGAAUUAUCCGAAAAAGGUGACGCAAAGGGGAAGAAAGGUAAAAAGAAGGAUAAAAAAGACAAAAAGGACAAAAAGAAGGACAAGAAAGGAAAAAAAGGCAAGAAAGGAAAAGGGGAUGAUGAAGAAGAGGAAGGAUGGAAGAUGGCACCAUCAAGCUUCGUUCCAGCUAUUAACGAAGCGACAGAUACCUAUAAAACAAUUUGGCACGGAAGAGAUGAAGAAAACAAUUUUCGCCAAAUGCAUGAUACUGAAUUGAUUAAAGAGGAAAAACGCUUGGAAGUAUCUACUGAAAUCCGAACUCAAGUUGACGAAUUAAUGAGAACGGAACUCGCCAAUUUGAAAGCUGCCGUUGAUAGGGCUAAAGAAAAAAAGGGUAAGAGAAAGAAGGGAAAGAAGGGUAAGAAAGGUAAGAAAGGGAAGAAAGGAAAAAAAGAAAAAGAUCUAACUCCAGAUAGAACUAUUGAAAGUCUCUAUGAAGAGUUGGUUGGUGAAGGGAUAAUUGUUAGGAAUCCCAAGGUUUCUAUGUCGGAUUUUGCCGGAGAAUAUAGCUAUCUUGGAACAACUCUUAGGCAAGCGAAUAUUGAACCCCAACCAUCCCUAAGCGAUGUUCGAAGAGUCGUUUCAUCAUACGCUGUCCUCCCUCUAGGAUCACCAGCUGUUCAUGAAAAAGCUCCUCUAGUUAAAUCUAUACUACUAGCAGGACCUAGAGGAGUAGGAAAAAAUAUGCUCGUAAACGCCAUUUGCACAGAAACAGGUGCAAAUUUAUUUGAUCUUAGCGCUUCUAAUAUCGCUGGAAAAUACCCUGGUAAAGAUGGUCUAAAACUCAUGGUACAUAUGAUAUUUAAAGUUGCAAAAGCCAUUCAGCCAUCUGUUAUUUAUAUGGACGAUUGCGAAAAAAUGUUCAAAAAGAAAGUACCAAAAACCGACAUGAGCGAUCCUAAACGUUUGAGAAAGGAUUUACCGAAAGUGAUGAAAACAAUAAAGGGAGAUGAUAGAGUUCUUUUAAUAGGAUGCUCUAGAAUUCCUUUUGAUGGAGAAAUGAAACCGAUGGCUACCUUAUUUCAAAAAAUCAUCCUUAUUCCUAGACCUGACUAUGCUUCUCGACAUCUUCUGUGGAGGCUUAUAAUUAAUAGACACGGAGGUCAAAUUCAACAUAAUACAUUUGAUGUUUCAUCUUUAUCGAAAAUUUCCGAUGGUUAUACACCUGGUCACAUGGUAGAAGCUUGCAAAGCCGUUCUAACUGAGAGAAGAAUAAAUCAACUUUCUAAGAAGCCAUUAGUUGCCACUGAAUUUGUAAAUGCUCUCGCUAGAAUGGAUCCAAUUUAUAAAGAAGAAGAGGAAGCCUUUAAGUCAUGGUAUGCAAAAACUCCUUUAGGUAAAAAACGAGCAAAAGCAGCUGCAGGAGAUGAAGACGAUGGUAAAAAAGGCAAAAAAGGUGCAAAAGGAAAGAAAGGAAAGAAAGGAAAGAAGAAAUAAUUUGAAUGUUUUAAGCAAUCAAAUAAAACAAACUAUUUCUUUAUAUACAUAUAUAUAUAUAUGUAUUCAGUACAUUUUAUAUUGUAAAUAUUCAAAAUUGAAUAAGAGAGUAUGGUAUUUUUGAAAAUUAUUGUGC